CUUUUUUCCACGUCCACAGCACAUCUAACUCCUGUUUGUUCACGCGCGUUCUAUUGAUAUUGAAGAGUAGAAAUUGUUGAGUUAAAGGUUUAAUGUAGCUCAGCCUUGCUUGUCUGACCAAGAAAAUACUCAAGUGAGGUUCUGUCUAACGUCAGCGUAUUUGAUUGCAUUUCUAUGGCGACCACCCGUAAACAUGACGCUUUAGUGUGAAGGGUGUUGGACACCAUUCAUUUCUUUGAAGUAAAUAAGCUACAUUUGUAAACAAUGCCUAAAAAGAAAGGAAAGAAGGGAAAGAAAGGGAAGGGAAAAGGAAAGAAGGAUGGAAAGCAGGAGCCCAAAAAUGAUAAAGAGUCGGACAUUGACAAGUCUAAGGCAAAUGCGGCCCUUUGGGAAGCUAAACUGGAGGUCAUCGAACGCUCUCGCACGGACUACCGCGAUGCUGCACGGAAACUUGCACGGGCCAACGAGGACCUUACUAACCAGCAGUACAGUGCGGAGAAGGACACCCUGGACAUCAUUAGUUUCCUGAAGAGGAAGGAUGUUGAAAAAGAGGAAAAGAUUGCACAACUGGAAGAACAAUUAAAAGAGCAAAAAAAUAAAGCUGCAGAAGAGAGUGAGCAAUUGGUUGCUGAAUACAAACUCAGGAUAAAUGAACUGGAAGAGACCUUCAGCAAGAGAUCUGGUGAGUUCCGUAUGAUUCAGGGAGAACUCAAGAUGAUCAAAGAGUUCCGGAAGAAGAAAGCCCACAUGGAACAGGAGCUGAGUGAUAUAAAAGAGAGUAUGGAUCAUGCAGAUAGGGGUCACAAAGAAAGUCUAUCAAGAAUGGAGCACAAGUUCUUCAGAGAGAAGCUUCGCCUGGAGAAGGAGGCAGAGCAGAGGAUCGCCCAGCUGGCAGAGAGAGCCCACAACGAGGCCAUUGUGCAGCUGGACGAGGCAUCGCGCUCGGUCUUCAAGGAGAACAUCCGUCUGAACGAGGCGCUCAGCUACCACAUGAAAGAGGUGGAGGAGCUGAGGAGAGUGACAGUCACACUCGCGGAGGAGAAUCACUCCCUUAUGCAGCACAAGGAGACUUGUGACCUGAUGCUGAAGGACAGCGUCUCACAGCUGAAGGAGCAGAGAGACAAGGUGGUGGAGCUGAAGGGGAAGGUGGCGGUGCUGGAGCGGGCCCUGGGGCGCAUGGCCGGGGAGUUCGAGAAGGAGACGCAGGACGUGCAGCAGAGGGCGCUGGUCAGCACGGAGGCCGGGCAGGCGGAGAUGGACAAACUGCAGAAGGUGCUGGCCAUGCGGGAGCGGGAGAUGAACAGGGUGAAGCGGCUGGCCCGUAGCGUGGUGGAGCAGCGCACGGAGCUGGAGGUCUUCUUCCAGGAGGCUCUGGCCCAGGUGAAGCAGGAGAUCCAGGCCAGCCGACAGCAGCACAGACAGUCCUACCCGCCGCAGAGGGGCACGGCCUGGGGCGGGCAGCAGGACCACCCCCGCAUCCGCUCCUUCCACAAGAACCAGAGCAGCACCACUGACCUGGACGCCACAGAGAACUGGGGACAUCUGCACAGCGCCAAGGUGGACAUCUCUGAACUUACGUGGGAGGAGAAGGAGAAAGUUCUGCGGCUGCUCUUUGCGAAAAUGAACGGCCUCAGAACAAGGAAACCCACCCAACCUCCAGCCUUGUCUGAAUCCCCUGAAAGAAACCAAAAUGGCAGAGAUCCAGGGGUUGCAGAGGAGCCCUUCCACAUGACGUUCAUUACCCAGGCACCCCUGUACAGCAUGCCCCCUGAGCCCAGAGGGCUGCCGGACAUUAAGACCAUGUGA